AAUCGUACCGUGAACCUUUGUCCUCUGUGUCGAAACUAGCGUUGCCACCCGGUGUGGCAUCGGCGGGAAGCGAGUCCGUUUCCCGAACCUCCGGCAAAGGUGUAGCGCCACUGGCGUGGUUUGCGGUUGGAUUUAGUUCUUCUGGAGGCGAGGUACCAGCGUAGGAUCGCUGUUGCAAAUUGAUGUCUUCUUGCUGUUUUUCGAGAUCCUCGUGAAACCGUUCGAGCCAAUGGUAUUGGUUCUGCGAACCUCGAUCCGCUCGCCCCAUCAACRAUACCGAUCUAGAGGACGACGAAAGUGCCAACCCGGGUUGCAAUUGGUGACACGCAACAGAAACAUCCGCAGAAACAUCCACAUCCACAUCCACACCGGGAGAAAGGGACGAAUCGAUGAUCCGGCUCUCGAACAGUCGGGAUUCGGCAGACCGCGGGGGUUCGGGACUCGGUGCAGAAGCACGGCCCUCUUCUCGGUAAGAUGCACCACCGUUUCCGGCAAUCUGUUGGCGGUUCUCCGAUGCGAGCGAGUCGGAAACAGCGACGGGCAAAGCGGUGUCGACGGAUGGUGGGUUCUCCAGAGAAAGAUGGUCGGCGUGCGCCGAGAGAUGUUCGGCAAACCCCCGGACUCCGUUCUUCCCACUGGUCGCCGCGGGCCACCGGUGUUGCAAUCCUGGUUUCCGGGCUUGUUGUUCCGGUUCGUACACCGGGGUGUGGAUUGUAGGCAACGGCGACAAAGACGAGGGCGAUUGAUUCUGGCUUCCCGCGCCGGCGUCGGCUGCGGGAAUUUUCGUUCUUCCGUGGUGGGCAGGGUUCCAAUUCCCCAUCUUGCCCAGUGGCAGACCUUGUUGAUGGUUCUGUGGACGGUGUGGGUCGUUGAACGAAUUGCUUUGUUCUUCCUCUAUCCGUGCCAGCAUUUCCAGUUGCCGAGUGGCGGCUUGGACGUGGAAUUCUCUUUCUCGUGCCACCUUGGCUUGUUCCGUAGUCAGGCGGUACUCUUCUACUCGGUUCACAAGAGAUUGGCCCGACGGUGGAAAACAGGAUUCCCAGUUCGGAUGUGCCUCMUGAAAAGUGAAAAAAGACUUCUCCAUUUUCCCGUGGCGGGCUCUAGGUUUCGGAUGCAGCCGCGUAGCCUCUUCCAGGUUUCCCCCUCGCAAUAUCGAUUCCGUCAGCGACUCUGCUCCACCUUGGUGUUCUUGUCGCCGGCGCUCCAGCAAGGCCGAUUUCCCCAGCGUUCUCCCUUCCCACGCUUCGUCGCCGUACGUAUCAAAAUCAAAGGUCGAAAAGCCACAAACAUCUCCCGCAAUGAUACUGCCAGUACCAGUAGUGGUGCUUGUGUUCGCCGACAAUACCAGUUUGGUUUUGGAGAGCAGACAAAAUUCACAUAUCUCCGGGGCUUUUUCCGACAAACGGAAAAACAGAAUGUAAGGUGUUAAGACAAGUGCGACCAACUCGUGCAAGAACAAUUUCACCUCGGAAUCAAACAGCAUCUUGAAGGAACUAUAGACUUUAGAAUCCCAGCCACGUCCCUUCCAGUGUUCGGGAUAAUAAUGGGUGUGCUGAGAAACUCUUUUCAGAGCGACAUCCAUGUCCUCGAAAAGAUUCUUGGUAACGCUCGGCGUGGCUUCUUUGGCUGGUUCCAGCGCCCUUCCAAUCGAAUAUACAAUCCCUGCCAUUCCUGCAUACCACACGAGGUUUCGUCCCCACAGCUGAACGUGCAACAAGAAACCGUCGCUGACUACCACGCCCAGAACCAGUAARAUUCCACCAAUCGCACCGCCGAAAAAGACCAACAACCUACCGAUCGCUGCGAGGUAUUCUGAGGUUCCAAAUAGAUUGCAGUAUUUGGAAGCCUCCUUGUAACUCGGCUCCAUCCGUUUUUCAAACGCGUGGGGCAAUUCGUUGAAUUCACGAAACUGCCACGCCGCCGCAGACGACCAGCGUGGGUGCCCCAUGAUCCCACCACCAUCGGCUCCAUCGCCAGAAGACGACGAGGAACUGCUGCUCUUUGCAACGUAGACGUGUCUCAAGAAAAAAUGCAAGACCACAAAGACCAGCAAAAACGGAAGCAAGCACAAGUGAACGACCCCGCAAACUUUCAGCCUGCGUUUCAGUGCAUCGGAAUCCAAGCAGAAGGCGGGGCGUAGCUCGUACUUAUGAUUGAACAUAAAGUUCAGGACGCAUUGAUAAAAGGACCAUUCCAAAACCCCGCACCAAUAGUAGCGUUGGACUCCAUCACUGCUGUUCCACGGGAAGACAACUUUCGUGCAUUCCAAGAGGCCGGCGUUCCAAAAGGCCACCAUGAAAUUUUCUUUUCGCAUAAUCCGUUGUGCAAUUUGAAGGGGAUCCAACAGAGAUCUGUUAGCGUGUUGUAGUUUCGAAGGAUUCGCUGGCAAAUUGAAGGCCGCGGACGGGGGUGCCGCCGGCACACUGGCGUUUCCUCCUUUAGUAUUCGUUGGUGUAGUUUGCGAUGGUCGGUCCCGUUCACCAGUGAUGUUGUUAUUCUUGCUGUUGUGUUGCGGCGGAGAAUAUGAAUUUUGAAUAGUGCCGUUUGCAGAAUUCGGCUCGGUAUUGCUGUAAUGGUGUAUGAUCUUGUAGCUACCGGAUUCUUGGCCCUCGACCAACUUUGUCACCACAUCGUUCCACGAGAGCGCCCCGCCCUGGAGUUUUCGUUCCGAAAGUCCGAGUUUGUCGUGCAAGAUGGUCCGACACUGAAUAGCGUAUCCAAAAAAAUCGUGGUAGAACAUCCAAAUUUUAAAGCCGGCAUAGACCAACAGCAGGAGCGUAUACCCUUGUAUCAAUAGGUAGGACGUCCAGCUCAGCGGAUCGGUACGGGCGUAACUGCUCAAGUGGGGAUAGCAUGCAUUGUUGACAACGUCGUCGUCUCCUCCACCAUGAUUGCCGCCAUCGCUUUCCUCGUCGACAUCAAUGCCAUCGCAUUUCAUAGCCAUUAGUUUUGGCCAGUCGACACCGAUCAAUAGCAGGCGGGUCAGCCAGAUCGUGAAGAGCAAACAGCAUGUUUCUACCGCGAAGGAACAAAGCAUGGGCGUCAGACCCCGGUGGUAAUAGUACUUGUAGAGAUGCGUCAAAAAGACAUCUAGAUUGCCAACCAUCCCCCAUCGAUCGCGUUCACUUUUUUGGUUGAGGUAGUUGUUUCGAUUGGGAACAUCUCGGCCUUCCUUGAGCACUACAAAGGGAUAUCCCUGCAGUGGCUGCGCUGGUGCCUCGGUUUCUUCGUCGUUUUUGUCAUGGUUGGCUGGUGGUAGCGGUCCUUCCAAUACCCGCCUGUUUCCGAUAAUUUUUUUGUGGUUCUCACCCUCUGCCUCCAAUGAUAAAGAAGAUUCUCCUCCCCGUCUCAGUAAAUCGGAAAUUCCGAA